AUGCUUAACAAUUUCACGCGCGAGCAAUGGCAGGGUUUCACGGAAAUCCGCGAUAUGACUACAAGAGGGAAUAUGCGCUUUUCAGUAAGCGAUAAAAGUGGGGAAUUCGUAGUCCUGUCAGAGGCUCUUGAUCGGGAAAUAACAAAUCCUCACUUGCAAGAUGAAACGAUCUAUCGCCGCGUAACAGAGACAGAAUUCCUUGUGCAGUGCAAACGCGUGAAUCAUGUAUGGAUGUCUAUAGAUAAUGCUGCUGGUCUUGACGAACAAUUUGUAAGCCACCUCAAGCUUGACAAACCGACCUGUGCUGUGUUCUAUAACCUGCCGAAACCCGAUGAGAUGAACUCGACAGCGGCUACAUUCAAAGUCCGACCAAUAAUAAACUUUGUGGUAGGACCAACGGAUCGAACUUCGUGGUUCCCUAAAUGA